AUGAAAUCAUCAAAAGUAGCCGAUACACUAUUAAAUACAGUCAUUAAAGAUAGAAUUAAAAGACCAUCUCUAUUGAACAAAAUAUGUGACCCCCAAAGUCUAAUUAACCAUUUCCAAAAUGGAAUGUAUCUUGGAUGGAGUGGAUUUGCAGGAACUGGAUAUCCAAAGAUGAUGCCAAUUGCAUUGGCAGAUCAUGUUGAAAAGAAUCAAUUACAGGGUAAAAUGAAAUACAAUCUAUUUGUUGGUGCUUCUACUGGUGCUGAAACAGAGGAUAGAUGGGCUGGAUUGGAUAUGAUCGAUCGUCGUUAUCCACAUCAAGUAGGUCGUAACCUAAGAAAAGGUAUCAAUAGUGAUAAGAUUAGAUUCUCUGAUGAACAUUUAUCAAUCUUUGCCAAUGAAUUACAAUAUGGAUACUAUACAAUGAACAAAGAAGGAAACAAAAGAAAAUUAGAUAUUGCUAUUGUUGAAGCUACUGAAAUUACUGAAGAUGGUGAUAUUGUUCCAGGAGCAAGUGUUGGUAUUUUACCAGAAAUAUUACAAAUGGCAGAUAAAGUAAUUAUAGAAUUAAAUACAUCUCUGCCUUCAUUAAGAGGAUUACAUGAUAUGGUGUCUAUCCCUCUACCACCACAUACCAAACCUUUCCCAUUGUCAAGGGUAGAUGAUAGAAUAGGUGUGGAUGCAUUCCCAUGUAAUCCAGAUAAAAUCAUAGGUAUUGUUGAAUCGCAAGCACCCGAUGCAACUACUGACAAUGAUCCAGAGGAUGAAGUAUCCAAUGCCAUUGCUCAACACAUUGUCAGAUUUUUGGAAAGAGAGGUUGGUGCAGGUCGCCUUCCACCCAGUCUCCUUCCACUUCAAAGUGGUAUAGGGUCGAUUGCCAACGCUGUCAUUGGUGGUAUCUCACGUUCACCUUUUGAAAAUAUUACAGUUUGGACUGAAGUUUUACAAGACACCUUUCUUGACUUUUUUGAUAAUGGAAAACUAAAAUUUGCAUCAGCAACAUCACUUAGAUUCUCACCGGCUGGAUUCAACCGACUAUUUAGUAAUUGGCCAAAUUAUCGUGAUAAACUUGUACUACGUAAUCAAUCGAUUAGUAAUGGUGCAGAGUUGGUUCGUCGACUUGGUGUCAUUGCAUUGAAUACUCCUGUCGAGUUUGAUAUCUAUGGACAUGUCAAUUCAACCUGUGUACAAGGUUCAAAGAUGUUGAAUGGUGUUGGUGGCAGUGGAGACUUUUUACGUAACUCUAAAUUGUCGAUUGUACACGCACCGUCGACACGUCCAACCAAAACAGAUGAACAUGGUAUCACAUCGAUCGUUCCAUUUUGUUCACAUAUCGAUCACCCGGAACAUGACAUUGAUGUAGUGGUCACUGAACAAGGACUUGCCGAUCUUAGAGGUUUGUGUCCAAGAGACCGUGCCAGAACCAUCAUUGAAAAGUGUAGUCAUCCACUCUACAAACCACUUUUACUAGACUAUUACGAACGCGCACAUACCAAAGGACUCAAAACAUUCUCGAGUCACGAGCCACACAUGUUAGACAAGGCAUUCAAAAUGUACCAAAAUCUUGAAGAAAAAGGUACAAUGAGAAUUUCAAGUUGGGAUUAA